AUGGACAAUUGUUUCUCUGCCAAAGUCCCAAUGGCCUUCGGAUUCAAGAUUUUUACUGAUCCUUCCGGAGAAUCAGUGGAUCACAAAACUUAUAGAGGAACAAUUGGCUCACAUAUGUACCUCACCGCAAGCCGACCAAACAUUGUCUUUGCAACGGGAGUAUGUGCAAGAUACCAAGCUGAUCUAAAAGUAUCUCAUAUGACCGCAGCCAAGCAGAUUCUCAGAUACUUAAAAGGCAGCAAGUCUCUAGGUCUUUGGUAUCCCGCAGGAAACGACUUCACUGAUGCGGAUCAUGCUGGAUGUAGAUUGGACAGAAAAAGCACCUUCGAUGGAUGUCAGUUUCUCGGUGGAAGACUCGUCAGCUGGUCAUCAAGGAAACAAAGUCGUGUCUCAUUGUCUACCGCAGAAGCUGAAUAUGUGGCAGCAGCCAACUGUUGCUCACAAGUCUUAUGGAUGAAAACGCAACUUUUGGACUACGGAUAA